UCUACACAUCCGCCCAGUUUUCCGAUGUUUCAUCCCCCCUUUACCUCCCCUCCUCCUCCUCCUCCUCCUCCGAGUUGAAAAUGGAGUUCGAUAAAAGCAGAUGUCCACCAACUUUUCCUGGAAAUUUCAUGUCUGUAUUUGAUUGAUUGUUCCCUGUGUAUGCACACUGAAAACAGACAAUUUUUGUUGUUGUUGUUUGCUUGCUUCGGAUGCCUUUACUGCAGAAUACUCGGACACGUUGACGGAGCCGCCGCUGCACAGCGCUUUUUCAAGUGUCGUCCUGGAGCUGAAGUUGGGCGAACGGAUGCUCGACGUAAAUAACCUGCCAAACGUUAAAAAGUCUACGGCGAUUUCUGCGUUUUCUCUCUUUUUUUUUUUUUGAAGGAUCUAUAAACACUCUUGCAAAGCGAGGAUCUGCUGUGCGUUUGUUGAAGGAGGAUGGUGCCGCUGGCUCAUUUGUUGUGGUCGGAUUUUACUUCCAGGGAGGAUAAAAUGAAUCAACGGCUGUCAUUCCUCCUCGCUGCUGUACACUAGUCCCAGCCAGCAGAGCUAAGCUAGCUUUCCCUCGGUGUUCUCGGGGACGCUCGGUUAGGCAUGCCCCCUCUUUCUACAACGUUCAUCCGACGUCCUUAAUAAGGUUUAUUCGUUUUUAUGAAGGAAAAUGGUGAUUUUUGUGGUAUUUUAUCCCGCCGUCACUGCGUCGUCGAUGCUAUUGCUAGGAUUUGGAUCCUCGUGAGGAAAAAAUGAGUGAAGAUUCAACAAAUACAAACAACGAUGACAGUUAUGCGCGUGUGAGAGCAGUGGUCAUGACUCGGGAUGACUCCAGCGGUGGGUGGCUUCCCUUGGGGGGUGGAGGACUUAGCUGUGUCACCGUCUACAAGGUCAGCCGGGCAGAGGACAACAACAGCACCCACAGCGGAGGCAGCGGAGGCAGCGGAGGAAGCGGCAGUAACCUCAGCCCCUGUAGUUCCACUCCCAGUCCGAGUCCCAGUCCCACCGCUGUGGAGUUUCACAUCAGGGGCGAAAGACUUAAAGACAAACUGGUGGUGCUGGAAUGUGUUCUGCAGAGAGACCUGGUAUACAAUAAGGUCAACCCCAUCUUCCACCACUGGAGAAUCAAUGACAAGAAGUUUGGACUGACGUUCCAGAGCCCUGCUGAUGCUCGCGCCUUUGACAGGGGAGUGCGCCGGGCCAUUGAGGACAUUAACAAAGUGUCUAGUCCUUUUGGUGAAGGGGACAUUCCUGAGGAUGGACUACCGGUGUGCGAUGAUCUUCCCUCACUCUGUACGCCAAUCAAAGAGCCCUUCUCUCCUCUCAGCAAUGUUGUGUCCGCCGAGCCAUUCAGGGGCUGCUACGUGCCCCCCCAGCCAUUCGAUGACAACCGCCGGUACCUGCCUCCCCAGUCGACUCGCCGAGUCAGCUUCCGCGUGGACGAAGAGGAGAUCGUCCGCAUCAACCCGCGGAAGGACGUUCUCAUCCGAGGCUACGAGGACUACCGCCACCCGGUCAUGAGCAGACACGAGGCCGACCGAGAGGACAUGGACUUCCCCGCCUCGUUUCACAAACUGGACAGUAAGAAGUGCGAGUAUUUCUUUGACGGCCCCGGCAGCGACUGCCUCUCCGGACCCGGCAUGGGCAUCGGUUCGGGCCUCGGGCUGGGCCUGGGCAAGGACCCCGCCAUCAAGACUCAGCCCUCGCCUCUCGCCAAGCCGAAGGGCCGGCGGCGGCGGGAGGACGGCGAGCGCUCGCGCUGCAUUUACUGUCGAGAGAUGUUCAACCACGAGGACAACUGGCGGGGGCAGUGCCAGGACGCGCCCGACCCGAUCAAGCAGUGCAUCUACAAAGUCAGCUGCAUGCUGUGCGCCGAGAGCAUGCUGUACCACUGCAUGUCCGACUCGGAGGGAGACUUUUCGGACCCGUGCUCGUGCGACACGUCCGACGAGCAGUUCUGCCUGCGCUGGCUGGCGCUGCUGGCGCUGUCCUUCAUCGCGCCCUGUAUGUGCUGCUACCUGCCUCUGCGCGCCUGCCACCACUGCGGCGAGGCCUGCCACUGCUGCGGGGGCAAGCACAAGGCCGCGGGGUGAGCCGGACCCUCACGCCCCACCUCCACUCACAGCGGACUCUGGGACACCCUCAAAGCUAGCUUAAAAAAGGCAGUGGAUACAAGCGUAAAUUUACUAGCCGGCAUCCUUUUUUCAUUCCUCUCUCAGAAGGGGUGAUGCGUCGUUGAUCCCCAGCUCUGAGGGCUUUCGGAGAUUUCAGUUUGCGUUUGUCGCCGACGAGCAGCGGUGGAGGACAAACCACGAUGCUUUGUGGGAGCUCUGAGCAACACGUUAGGUACAGGAGCCUAAGGCUGAGACGGAGGAGACGUCACGAUCAACAGACUACCAGAUCUUAAUACACAGACACACACACACACACACACACAGGUCUUUGACAUUCACCCUCAUAAAUUGACAGUCGGGCCACAACAUGCAACUCCAUGAAGGAAAAACGAAUUUUGUACAGACGGCAACAACUUCAACCGUUUCACGUCAAGGACAAGAAAACUAACUACUUGCUGUUUGAGUGUUCUAAAAGGGAUGUGUUCUUGCUUUUUGUGGAUUUGCAGUUUGGGAAACAGUGGCCUUUCCUUCAUGGUUCAAGGAUUUGCAGUCGAUGUAAUUACUAGCCAGCAAAAAGGUGCACUAAAUGGUAUUUAUCCCCUCAAAGUAAAGGUAACCUUCAGAGGUUCUUGUGACGUGUCAUUCCCCAUCUUUUUGGCGUAACACUUUAAAGUUUUGCAGCCACAAAUCAAACAGUCAAAGCUUCAUUCUGUUGGUACGGAUUUCCUGACCCGAGGUUUAUUUAUUGAAUUUGAUUGCAUUCCAGAUUUAAGCUAUUUUUUGUUUUCCCACAAUGAGAAGCGGUAAAAUGGUCCCUAAAACAGCUUUUCCAGUCUCCACCUCAGACGAGGCACACAGAACCCUCCUGACCCAUCUCAUCCCAUUAGAAUCUACUCCACAGACACGUUGGAGCCCUCGUAUGUACAACUGUAGAGAAUUUAUGAUUUGUAUUGUUUCACUUCUUUUUCUUCUUGCUCACAUUUGUAAUUAGUUUUAAAUUAAAGGUUGAAAUGUUGCUCAACCAGCAAGUUUUUACGUUGGUGAACAAAGGAGCAGGAGCUCCUUGGUUUAAAUUACAAGGCACUUAAAUUUAGGUUAUUCUCCGAUUGAGAAACUAUUAGAUAUUGGAUCAAGUUUACAGGCUAAUUUAACACUCAGAUUGGACUGUGGAGAGAGGGGGGAACCCCUCGUCAAAGCACUGCUCUCCAAGCUUUGGUUGCAGCACCGGCUCCAAAUUUCUGUUUGUCCUUUGAAUCCGUUUUUGUGUUCUGUCCUUUCCCGUAGCGUGUCAGAAGUUCUCCAUUCAUGUGUCAUCUCUGAACAGGCCCUGAAUGAAUGCAUUACUUUGGGAACGCAGAGGUAUUUUUGCAAGUGCACGUGCAUAUGUCUUCAUAUGUACAGUUGGGUCUUAAUUGCCCCACUGACGGCUGGAUUAGGGUUCGAUUCAGAGCUUAAGGCAGGUUUUGUCUGCUGGAUUAAAAGGCGGAUGAAGGAAGGAAGGGAAGCUGGAUAGACGGCGGCUUCCUGGUUCUGUCCAGCACUUAAAAAAAUAUUUGUAGCGAUUGUGUGUUUUCUUUUUAUUUACGUUAAAUUGCCAGGAAAAGACUCAAUGAGGUGUUUCUGCUUUAUUUAAACGCUUCCCCAUGUCACACCUUGCCAGACUACCUUUUCUGAUUUCUACACAUAGAUGAACACAAUAAUAAUAAUAUUAAAAACUGCCUCUGAGCACGUUCAGAAUGUUGUGUUGGGUGAAUUUGGAUGUAGCCGGACAGAACCAGAGUCGCUGGUUGCACUACCUUGGAUUAUUUCAUCUACACUUAAGAACUACAGUCAAUCCAGGCCCAACGGGGAAGUAAAUAAAUAUUAAAGUACUCAUUUUAGGUUCUCUUAGCAAGCUGCGUUUUAGCUUCAAUAUUUAAAGAUCGCCUAUUUUAACUAUUAAAGGAGUACCAGCUCAGUUUCGAUGUAUAUUUCUCCCUGACUGAUUUUUUUUUCCAUCAACGCCAACUUUCUUAAUCUUCAGUUUUUCAGAAUUCAAGUUUAAUCCAUCCCCACCCAGUGAACGAGGCAGAUAUCUUUUCACCUCCUGACCCUGACGGCCCCAACGGCUCGCUCCAGUCUGGAUGGACUUGAGUUCAGUCCGCUCUCCCCCCCGCUUCCACGCCGACCGAUGCUCCCUUUACUUUCUAUGCAAACUCUUAACAAACUCAAAAAACGCUGUCGUCUCUGCAGACUUGAGUCAGUAACGGGACGGGGACGCUACCGGUAGGUCAGCCGCCCCGACCCCUGGUACCAAACUAAGCGCCUGUAAAUACCUAACACUAUAUUUAAGUACUGACAAUAAUCCCAGCUUCUUUUCUUUUGGAGUCUAUAAAGAUAGAACUGUAUUUAUCGUCGCUGUCAGCCCAUACCGUAGCUUCUAAUGACAGCAGUUUGUACAUAGAUCACCUUUUAGUAUUAUUUCACAUUGAAAAGUAGAGGGUUUUGUGAUGGAUAUGACUAUUGAGUUUCUAAUAGAGUUUCUCUCUAGUUUUGUACGGUAGAAGGAAGGCUAGUACAGUAGCGGGUGUCCACUUGUUUCUAAAGUUUGCUAUAUAAAUAAAUAUAUAUAUAUAUAUAAAUACACAUAUAAAGCUGCUAGAUACAAUCACUAAUUUUAUUGUGUUGACAGAGAAAUCAGCUAUGAACGACUGUUAAGCCUAAGUCUCCAACAGCAUAUAACAGCCGUCAUUUUUAAACGUUUGAUUGCUCUGUGUGCGCGAGUGUUGCCUGUAUAUGUGCGUUCUUGUGUGUGGGUGUGCGUGGGUGCGUGUGCAGAGGGAGUUGGUGUGUUAACCAAACGUUUGGUUGCUUGUCAUUAUUCUCCCAUCGUAAUCGGGUUGACCGAGGUUUGAUGCACCUGAUUAAAACUUGCUGGCUGAGAAGCAAAAGAAAACGGACGUGCAUUUAUACAGAAAAAAAAAAAAAAGUGUAGAGAAUGCUGAAAUAACCCUUCUCGUUCUGCAUUAACCAGCGCAGUGCAACUUCCUGUCUUGUACUGUAAUAUAUAUGCAACAUGUGUCUGUCCGCUUUAAUAUAUAUUUAUAUAUAUAUAUUAAUUUUUUUUUUUGACCUGCAUUAUCUAAGACUUCAGUUUUAACCACUUUGCUGCUAGUCUUUUAUCCUCUUUCGAUCUUGGAAAUUGUGCAUAUCUUUGGGAAUGCAUACAGGUGUACAUUCUUGACAUUGUGUAGAUUUAAAAAAAACAAAACAAAAAAAAACAAAGAAGCUAUAUAAACCUGUUUUCUCUUCAGUGUAUUGUUUAAAGAAAAGAUUAUUUUACACAGCAGUGGAGUGGUUCUGUUUCAAUUCUCCAAUGCUUUGGUGCACUGAUAAUGUGUGAGCUUUUUAUCCCUCCCCUUUUCAUCUUACAGCGCUUGAUGUAACAUUUGUGAUUAGUUCUAAGUAGUGGAAGACAUUUGUGUUUUUUAAGAACUUGCAGUAUAAGUGGUACUACUCUUAACUAUUCUGUAAACACUGCCUGUUUUUUCUUUGGUUCUUUCUCAGUGCAUAUUUUCCGAGCAUUUGCGUUUCCUUUGAGUUUCCUAGUGCCAUUGACUUUCGCAUCCUGACAACCUCAAAAAAAAAAA